AUUUGAUCCUUUAUAAAACCUUAGUGUUCUGACGAUAAUAUAUACAAGUUGUAACAUCUAGAUUGCAAUUAGUCUAGAAGACAAACUAGACUUGUGUUUCUUUUGAGAGAGGGGUGGAUCCAUUAUACAAGAAAUUAUGAACUAUUGGAGAUUUUGUAUAUAAAAGUAAAGUGAAAUCUUUGUUAAAAUACAAGAGUUAAAUAGUGAGAAAACCAAAGUAGACUAGCUUUGGAAGAAAAGAAGCAUCACAACCAACAAAACAUAUAAAAGUUAAAAUGGUACUUAAUAAUAUUAAGGAUGAUAUUAGCAAAGGACUAAAGUUAAGACAAGAAGAAGUUCAAAAUAAAUGAUGAAACAAACAAAACAUAGUUUAUCCCUAUUGAUCAUAACAAAUUUAAAACGGAUUACUCAAUGCUAAUUAAUAUAAUUAACUUAACUUUGUAAUUCCCUCCUUUCACUAAGCCAUCAAAUGUGGCAAGUCAUUUUCCUUAUAAUUCCCUUGCAAAUCAUUCAAUUUUCUUGGGAGACAUACAAUAAGUCCCCAAUCACAUAUUCGGGCUUAAGUUCUGUGCACUGACAACGUAAUGGGGCAUGUUGUGGACAUAGGGAAGCCGAUAAAUUACACAGGGGGGCUCGAGUUCUCGAGCCUAACAUACAGAGUGACAAAAAAGAUGAAAGAUGAAAAUGGGAAAUGGUUAAGUCAAGAAGUGGACUUGUUGCACCAGAUAACAGGUUAUGCACCAAAAGGUUGCAUUACUGCAGUAAUGGGCCCAAGUGGUGCUGGAAAGUCUACACUUUUAGAUGGAUUGGCUGGAAGAAUUGCUAGUGGAAGCCUUAGGGGUAAAGUGUCAAUGGGUGGGCUGGAUAUGAGCCCAAGUUUUAUCAAAGGAAGUUCAGCUUAUAUAAUGCAAGAUGAUAGACUUUUUCCAAUGCUUACUGUUUAUGAGACAUUCAUGUUUGCUGCUGAUUUUAAAUUAGGAUCACUCUCUAGGACCGAAAAACAGGACCGUGUUGAGAGGCUCAUUGAGAAACUUGGAUUGUCUUCGACUAGGAACACUUACAUAGGUGACGAAGGGACUCGAGGAGUAUCUGGAGGUGAACGUCGUAGGGUGUCAAUUGGAGUGGACAUUAUACAUGGACCUUCAUUGUUGUUCUUGGAUGAGCCUACUUCAGGUCUUGAUUCAACUAGUGCUCAUAGUGUAAUUGAGAAGGUGCACGAUAUAGCCCGAGCUGGAAGCACUGUGAUUCUAACAAUUCAUCAGCCUUCACACCGUAUUCAAUUGCUUCUUGAUCAUCUAAUUAUCCUGGCUCGGGGACAACUCAUGUACCAAGGAGCACCGAAUGAUGUGUCUCAUCAUCUUGUUAGGAUGGGACGAAAAGUGCCAAAGAACGAAAGCUCGAUAGAACACCUGAUUGAUGUAAUUCAGCAAUAUGAUCAAUCUGAGCUUGGAGUAGAAGCAGUAGCUGCAUUUGCACUUACUGGUAUGAAACCUCCACCAAUCGGUGCAGCAGCACACGAGAUGUCAGUUUCCACUGUGCUUCCAUCACCUGUCCGUCCAUCACACCGUGCUAAACAUCAGGUCGUGGAGGCACAAGGUCGUGACAAGUCAAGCAAACGUCUUCGUUUGCAAACCCAUGCACAAGAUGACACAGGAUUCGAUCACAGUGUUAGGAGUCCUUGGAAUACAUCUAAGUCCUGGAGUGCCAGCCGUAGUGGUGUCCUACAAUCUAUAGGCUUUUCACCAGCUAGGCGUAAUGAUCAUAGAAGUCCAAGUGUUAUGGGUUCUUCUCCAGGAUGCUAUGCCUACUCUACAGAGAUCGUUCAAAGUACUCCAACUCCGCAUAGUAGUGACUACACUGUCAAUGAAAAUGACUAUUUGACACCGAAUGAUUUUGGUCAUGACAUUAAUCAUUCUUUCCAUGAUCUUGGGCCAAAGUUUGUGAAUUCUUUCUUUUCAGAGACAUGGAUAUUGAUGAGACGAAACUUUAUAAACAUCAUGCGUACCCCUGAACUUUUCCUCUCUAGGCUUGUAGUACUAUCAGCCAUGGGAAUUAUGAUGGCCACUAUGUUCCUGCAUCCCAAAGAAAACCUUCAAGGGAUCACAAAUCGCCUCAGUUUCUUUAUCUUCACUUGCACCCUCUUUUUCUUUUCGUCCAAUGAUGCUGUUCCUGCUUUCAUUCAAGAACGAUUUGUCUUCAUCCGCGAGACCUCUCACAAUAAGUAUAGAGCCUCUUCUUACACAAUUGCAGGUCUAGUUACUUACCUUCCAUUCCUAGCUCUUCAGGCUGCAGUUUACGCAGUGAUUGUUUGGUUUGCACUCUCACUUAGAGGGCCAUUCAUCUAUUUCUUGGUAAUUCUGUUCAUGUCACUACUCUCCACAAAUUCAUUCGUUAUAUUUGUGAGCUCAGUGGUACCAAACUACAUACUAGGAUAUGCAGCUGUGAUUGCUUUCACGGCACUUUUUUUCUUGUUCUGUGGCUAUUUUUUGAACAGCAAUGACAUGCCAAGUUAUUGGAAAUGGAUGAAUUAUGUUUCAACAAUGACUUAUCCAUAUGAAGGACUUUUGAUGAAUCAGUAUCAAACAAAUGAAUCAUUUGGAAAAGACCCUCUUGGAAGAGAUGUUACUGGUUUUGGAAUCUUGAAGUCACUUAAUAUUUCACUUGAUCCAACCAAGAAGUGGGAAAAAGUAUAUAUAAUGUUAGGAUGGGCUGUUUUUUACAGGAUUCUCUUUUAUAUUGCUCUUAGAUUAUUUUCAAAGAAUCAGAGGAAAUGAAAUUAUGUGUAUGGAAAAAUCGUUUGCAGUGAAUCAUGGCGCGAAUCCAAAAAAGUCGGGAAAAAAAAUCUGUUCUGCUAACAUACAAACUUCAAUUGUAUGAUGAAUAGUAUCAAUGUAUUAUCUCUUGUCAAACAGUUUUACAAAAGAUUCAUUUUGUCGGGCCAGUCGAACUCAUUAGUUAGCCCAUUUCAUCAACCAUGAAUUAGUUUUGAUCCGUUCAAAUUCAGGCCAACUUGGCUCAUUAAUUAAAUUUCUUUCAAUGAUUUUACAUAUAAUUUUUUUUAUGAAAAACCAAUAAUAUAUAAAAAUUAUAUUAUGAUUUUUAUUUGCGAUGAGUAUUGAUACUCUAUAAUAAAGAAAAAAAGUAUCAUAAUUAUUAUUUGAGACAUAUGACAAAACCCUGAAGACCAAUGAUAAGUGAACAAGUAUAUAAUUAACUUCAUAGUGUUAUCAAAUAGUAAAUAGGUGAUACUACAUUUGUUGUUUAGGUUAUUCUCAAUCUUGUUAUCUUUAUAGAUUAAAAAGUUGUGUAUCAUUCAUUUAUUCAAGAAUUAAGAGGGCCAACAAUGUAAAUUAAAAGAUUUUAACACAUAAUUUGUGUAAGAUCUGAUAGACGAGUCCCGAGCGUUGGGCAUGCUUAGGACGUACAGUCCAACGCUUAAGGCAUAAGUCUUGUAGAACUAAGUCCCAAACUUGAGUCUCGAGGCAUUUUGCUGGAGCCUCGCCCCAGAGUGAGCCCCGAGACGAGUCCUUUUAAAACACGGCUCCUACCUAUACUAAUGUCCUUUUAAAUAUGGGAACUAUAAAUCAACUUGAGAAGAGCUUAUCUUCCUACAAAUAUAAUCACAACCAUUUGACUAUGGAAUUAAUCAUGUUAUUUUGUGGUCUAAUUGCAUUAUACUCCACUGAUCUUUUUGUUUAAUGAUCUAAAACCGUUACCGUUUUAAUGAUGUCAUAGUCUUUGUCAGAUUGUCAUAAUUAAACACUUGUUUGACUAAAGAAUGAUAAGUAAUAAUUACUCAAGGAGUUACUAACC